AUGAUAGCCCCUCGUGGCGGCGCAAGGCGCACCGAAGCCGAAGAACCGCAAGAUAUCAAUAUUCUUGGUGUUCGUGGUCGAAAAACUGGCGCAGAGUUAAGGGACAGAGGCAAUCGCGACGAACAUGGCAUGCAACCUUUAGACGACCUCUCCUCUUCGCCCGAAAGAGAAACAUCUAUACCAAGAUUCGACGACGAUGAAGAAGAUAACGAUCAUGACGAAACCGGAGAGAAUGAAGAUGACGACCAAGGCAGCGAGGAUAUGGAUAUUGAAACAAGCUUUGGACCAGGUCCUCAGACUGUGCUUAGGAAAAGCAUGAUCCCUCUGCCUCGAAGUCGGUCACCAAUAAAGACUGGAAUAUUGUCUUCCCCUCGACGAAAUCCGAAUCUAGAACACCUCUCUUCGCCGAGUCGAUCGCCUGCCCGAUCACCUAUCCCGAAAGAUCGCGAUAAUACCGUGACCAGGAAAAUUGAUUUUGGAUCAAAGCCCACAGGGCGCGGAAAGCCUGCGACGAACGGAGCCAAUGGCACACUUCACGAGGACGAGGAUGAAGACGAAGAGGAGGAAGAGAUGGAAGACGCGCCUGUGGGCGGCGAUGAUGAGGUGGAGAACGACGUGGAACUACUCAAUGAGUCGCUUCAACUGGUAGAAGACAUGGGCGGGCAUUCUUCAGAGCACGGCUCCGAAGCAGAAUCUGAAUCCGAACCCGAACCUGCGCCUGCGCCUGUACCCAAGACCGCCAAAGGAACAGCCAAAUCCAGCCAAGCAAAAGCAGACCCAAGCCCUAAGAAACCAGGGCGACGCGGAAGACCACCGAAAGCGAAAAUAGUCGAGGAAGAACCUGUCGAGGAGGAACACAGCGAGGAAGAGCCAGAAGAGCCCCAAGAAACCACCAAACCCGCCCAAGGUCGACCCGGACGGAAACCUAAAAAUGCUGCUCAACCGAAGGAAUCCAAGGCACCUCCAUCACGGAAACGGCCAGCGCAAGAGGAGGUUGAAGAGACUGAAGAGCAGGAAAACGAAGGGUCGGAGCAAGAGCAAGAACAAGCAGAGUCACCGAGACAGAUCAAGAAACAACGAACCGAGGCUCCUAAACCGUCAAAACCGACCAAACCAGUACCAUCAAAAGCUGCGUCAACAGCAGAGGCAAAAAAACCGAGAGGGAGACCUGGGCGAAAGCCCAAAGUGCAAGCGGUUGCGGAUGCUGUGGACGACGUUGGAGAGACAUCAUUCGCAGCACUUCAGCGCGGGCCUCCUCUACCCAAAAAGCGUGGUCUUGUUUCUGUUCGCCACGACGUCGACGAGGUACAUACGACAAGAUCUGGAAGACACUCGUUCAAACCACUCAGCUGGUGGGCAGGUGACAAGGUGGUUCAGGAAGAGGAAGAAUUUAAGGACGUUUCUGGUCGCGAUCGUUUCGUGCUUUCAACUAUCAAAGAGGUCAUACGUGCUCCUGUAGAGGAAGUGCGCGCCAAACCGUCAAAACCGAGAGGUCGCCCUAGCAAGGCAAAGUCAAAAGCUACGAGGCAAGUUGAAACCGUUGAGCCUGAAGACUGGGAGCUUGAUCCUGGUACUGUCAACGGCGAAGUGAUCCUAUGGGACCCUGAGCACGAGAAGAAUCCUCCCGGUGACGAAGAACCGGUGGAGGUGAUGGAUGAUCGGAUCGCCAUAUCAGGUCCGGCUAUUCAAACCCGCGACGUUCAAGGUGUAUCUUUUCGUAUGGCCAAGACGCUCACAACGCCUUUUAUGGGCGCAGGUGUCGUCGAUCUACCUGCUGGUUCAGAGAAACGGCCCAAGAACUCGCGCAAGAUGCACAUGGCAUUCUUUGUGCAUACCGGAAAAGUGCUUGUUACUGUGAACGAGGCAUCAUUCCGCCUCAGUGCUGGAGGCAUGUGGUUCGUCCCCAGAGGAAACUACUACAGCAUAACAAACGAUUACGAUACAGACUCGCGAAUCUUCUUUACCCAAGGAUGUGAGAUAGCAGCUCAAUCCACAGAACCAGAUCAGUCACAGAUGUCCAUGAUGGCCUGA